AUGGAAAAUCAGAACAAUGUCACGGAGUUUGUUUUCAAGGGUCUAUGGGGAAAUAAGCAAAUAGAGCUACUGUUCUUUUUCUUGUUCCUGCUUAGUUACCUGGCUGUCUUAAUGGGGAACUUCAUCAUUUUACUCACGAUCACCCGCAGCCAUCUAAUCGAACAACCCAUGUACUACUUUCUCUGUCACCUUUCCUUCAUGGACCUCUGCUAUACCUCCACCGUGGUUCCCCGCCUAAUCAGGGACUUAGCUACAGCAAAAAAACACAUUUCCUAUAACAACUGUAUGACCCAGCUCUUCACUGCCCACUUGCUGGCAGGUGUGGAAAUAUUCAUCUUGGUGUCCAUGGCUUUUGACCGCUACGUUGCCAUUGUCAAGCCCCUGCAUUACAUGGUCAUCAUGAACCGGAAGAGAUGCAACAUGUUGAUUGUUGUGGCCUGGGGCGUGGGUUUUUGGCAUUCUGUGGCUCUACUAAUCAUGGUACUCAAUUUGCCCUUCUGUGGUCCUAAUCAGAUAAAUCACUACAUAUGUGAUGUGAAGCCUCUUUUGAAACUGGUCUGCAAAGAUAUCCACGUUGUUAGUAUCUUAGUGAUUGCUAACUCAGGGAUGGUGGUAGUUGUAAUUUUUCUUGUCCUAGUAGCUUCCUACAUUCUCAUUUUGUAUCAUCUUAGGACAAGGUCCUCUGCAGGGAGACGUAAAGCUCUUUCAACCUGUAGCUCUCAUGUCAUGGUUGUAGUUUUGUUUUUUGUGCCCUGUAUCUACACCUAUGUACUGCCUGCAGGUAGUGAGAACAAGGAUAAGGAAAUCUCUGUGUUUUACACUGUGAUUGCCCCCAUGUUGAAUCCUCUCAUCUAUACCUUGAGAAAUGUGGAGAUCAAAGUUGCCAUGCGAAAGGUGUGGUCUCUAAUGUCACAUUCAGUGUUAAAAUAA